AUGCCUACGAAACGCUUCGAGCCGAAGGAGAUCAAGAACAAACAUAAGCGCGAGGAGGUCGCGCGAAAGAACAAGAGGGCGAAGGGCCAGGCGAAGCUUGCGCGCAGGCUGGAGCAGGCAAAAGUAGAAUCAAAAGAUCCUCUUGCGAAAAAGAAACGGCUCGCACAAAAUGUACCGCGCACACUCGACAACACACGGGAAUACGACCCCUCCUUCCUCACCGCAGACCCCGCAACGCACCAGCAGCCCGAAGCGUCCAGUUCCGGCUCAAACUCCAAUGUUGCCCCCGCAGACCCGACAGGCGAAUCGAUGGCCGACAUCGCCAGCGACCCCUUUGCCGACUAUUUCGAGACCGACGACCCGACGCGCCCGCCGAAAGUGUUGAUUACCACGAGCCCGAAAGCCACGCGCGUGAGCUACGAGUUUUGCGAGGAGCUCGUGGGCAUUUUCCCGGGUGCGGAGUUCCAUAGGAGGCCGAAGGGGCGCGGGUUUGAGAUGGGCAAGAUCGCGGGGUGGGCGGCGGGGAGGGGGUUUAGCAAUUUGAUUGUCGUGAAUGAGGAUACGAAGAAGCUCAAUGCCAUGACAGUCGUACACCUUCCCAACGGUCCGACAGCCUACUUCAAGCUCACCUCCAUCGAACUCACCAAAAAGCUCCUCGGCCACGCCCGCGCCACGCCUCACUUCCCCGAACUCAUCCUCAACAACUUCGCCACCCGCCUCGGCCACACCGUCGGGCGCCUCUUCCAAACGUUCUUCCCGCCCCUACCCGAGUUUCAAGGCCGACAAGCGGUGACGCUGCACAACCAGCGCGAUUUCCUGUUCUUCAGGAGACACCGGUACGCGUUCAGGAGCGACGAAAAGGUGGCGCUGCAGGAGAUCGGGCCGCGGUUUACGCUCAAGCUGAGGAGCCUGAGGAAGGGGCUGCCGGCUGUUAAGAACUUUGGCGAGGCACCGAGGCCGUUGGAGUUUGAUACGUUUGAUGAGGAUGAGAAGGCGGAGGACAAGGCCGCGGACGAAAAUGAGGAUGCGGACGCGGCGGCGGCGGAGGGCGAGGAGGAUGAGGCUGGUGCGACUGCCGCGACUGCGAGUGCGACGGCCAAGGCACCGCCCAAGAACGAUGAGUACGAGUGGUUAUGGAAGCCCGAGCUGGAGACAUCGAAACGGACGUUCUUCCUGUAA